AUGAAGAACUUUGCAUUUUCCAUAUUACACAUUUCGAGCCUAUUUAUUCUGUACUUGAGUUCGCAAAGCGGUUUGUACAAUUGCAUGAACACAGGGAAAACAGCAAGUAAAACGAAUCAGACUAACUCAAAUUCCGCAGUUAAUGGCAACAGCCUUUCGACUGAAUGGAGCGAAAAGGGUUACGAUAUCAUUGAUCUAGUAAAAAAUGGCUACUUAACUAAUAAGGGAGACUUAGAUGAAGUGAAGGAUUACCUAGCUGAUGAGUUGGCUGGAAAAAUAAAAGGCAAGUUAAAUGACAUCUUAAAAGACGAAAAUGUUUUUUUUGAUUUAGAAAACAUGGAUGAUGAACAUGUAAGAGACUUUAAAAAUUACUUGAAAGAGAUGUCGGAAUAUAUUGUCUUGAAGACUGCCGAUAUAUUAAACAGCAACUUGGAGGAUACCCUUAAGCCUUUUUUGUCCAAAAGUUCCUUCGCCAGUUUAAAAGAGGCCAUGGGAAAUAGCAGCUCGGUUGACUUAAAUUUUGACGACGAGGAUGGUGAAACAAAGGAGGCAAAGACAAAGAAGGGAAAGUCCAAGAAGGGAGAUUACAAAGAUGAAAAUGCAAAUGAUGAAAAUGCUAAUGAUGAAAAUGCCAAUGAUGAAAAUGCCAAUGAUGAAGACGUCGAUGAAGCAACCGAAGAUUUCAUUAACGAGUUGGUAGACGUAUAUGAAGACCAGCACCAAAAGGACUUGGAACAAUAUGCGCAAGAAAUAAAAAAUCAUAAUAAUCUAGAUUAA